AUGGCCAUGAAUAACGAUCAUCUAUACCCGCCUGGCCUCUCGGGCCCCUCACGCUCGCCCACGCCCAGUCUCUCACACGAACGCACUCCGUCAGCAACGAGUGAGGGUGGAUACGAGGCCGAACGGUUCUUCGCACGCACGCCUAGUCCGACGCCCAGCGAGAACGAGCUCAUCAGGAGAAAAGGAGCUGGCUUUGGGCUCGACCGGGAGAACUUCAAGAAAUACUUUACGAGACAAUACAUCAUCCGAUGGAUUAUUGCCAUCGUAGUCAUCACAUUGACCAUCCUCAUCAUCGUGUUCGACGACAAGAUCAUCGACGCCCUGGAGCCAACGGGCAACAAAAUCAAAGCAUUGCCUGCGGGUUUCUUGAUCCCCAUUGCAAUCAUGAUCGUCCUUUCCUUCCCGCCCCUAUUCGGCGCGGAGAUCAUCCAUUUGUUAUGUGGUGUAAUUUGGGGUUUGGGCGUCGGAUUUGCUAUAGUGGCUGCGGGCACCAUCCUCGGAGAGAUCGCUAACUUCUACACAUUCCGUCUGUGCUGUAAAACGCGUGCGGAGAAGUACGAGCAAAAGAACGUCAAGUACGGCGUACUUGCACAAGUCGUUCGCGAGGGUGGCUUCUUCUUUGUCGUCAUGUGUCGUCUGAGCGCCUUGCCCGCCCAUUUUACCACCGUGCUCUUCACGCUUAGCGGUAUCAAUAUCUUCGUCUUCACAGCCGCGGCGAUCAUCUCUCUCGUGAAGGUCUUCGCCAGCGUAUACAUCGGUGUGGCAGCACGCGCGUCAGCUGAGGGCCAGGAAGACAAGAAGACCAAGAUCAUCAACUACGUCGUCAUCGGCGUAACGAUCCUUAUCACACUUGUCGCGAUGCGCUACAUCAACGCCAAAGUUGACCAGGCCAAGCCCGCAUUCAUCUACGCUCGCCGCAAGUCGCGCCAGCACCAAACCAUCCACGCCGAGAACGGCGAGGGUUUCCAGAUUGCUGCGCCGAAGGGCCAGAAGGGGUACGGCCCGCUUGCGGUGCGCGAGGAGGACGAGGCGCAGGUGCCGCUCUACACUGGCUACCCGAAGGAGUACGCCGCGCCCGGCGCCGGACAGGGCAACCAGCCAUACAACUAUAACCCCGGCCAACCUCAACCUCAACCGUACAACCCUUAUGCUGCGGGUGGCGUAUAG